AUGUUGAUAUUUUCAUGGCAUUUUCAGAAUCAUUUGAAAUUGGUAACAGCACCUUGCAAAUUAUAGAGGAAGAUGCAGAUUUUAUGAAUGAAGGAAUUUUAGAAAUAGUAAAUAAAUCUCCAACUAGCAAGGUAAAUAAAGUAAAGAGACGUAAGCCGGGAAGAACAAAUUUAAGCAAAAAAGAUAUAGACAAAAAAACUAUAUUGAUUGUUGAUUCAGAGAGUUAUUCAGAUUUUUUUAAAAGUAAUAUUAGUUUUCAAGAAAAUGUCGAUCAAAAUAAUGGCGAAAUUGUUUCCCAAAAAGAAAGAUUGUGUAAUAUUGCAUCACAAAAUGAAGAAAGGUGUUCCACGAAUGAAAGUUUAAAAACAAAUGUAGAAAAAACUAGUCCAAUAAAACAAAAUAUGGAUGUUGAAGAUCUGGAUAUUUUUUUAGACUCGUUUGAAAAUAAUAUAGAUAAGGAAGUUAUUGAUCUCAGCGUUCUUGUGGAUGAAAGUCCAGAUUGCGAAAUUUUGCAUUCUACACAAAAUCCUAGCUUUGUGUUUGUAAAAACAAAGUCGGAAGAAUCUAUCAAGAUGUUGAAUAAGGAACUAGAAAAUGGAAAAAAUGAUUUAAGUAUUAUGGAUGGAGAAAAUGAGCAGCAAAUUUUUAUGAAUUUAACUUCAAAAUUUGAAAACCUAAGCACAUCUGAAAAACCAUUGCUGCAAAUGUCCAUUAGUUCUGAGAGUAGUGAAGAUGAUAAUCCAAUAGCAAAAGAGGGGAAUAACAAAUAUGAAAUUGUUAAGGAAAACGAUGUAGUUUCAAAACUGCAAACAAGUACAAAUAUAGUUCUGGAAUCAAAAAAAUUACAUAUUUUACAAGAAAGUCCACUAUUCGACAAUUCUAAAAAAGAAGUGCAAAAACUCAGUUUGGAUAAAACAACAAAUGAAAACUCUAAACUUAAAGACAUUUCAAGCUGGAAUUUACCGGCAACUAUUCUUGAGGAAUAUUCCAGGAAAGGAAUAAAGACGUUAUUUGACUGGCAAGUUGAGUGUUUAAACAACCCAAAAAUACUUUUUGAAAAUGGAAACCUUGUAUACAGUGCUCCAACAUCUGCUGGGAAAACGUUGGUUUGCGAAAUAAUAGCAAUAAAAAAUAUAGUAGAAAGAAAUAAAAAAGUAAUAUUCAUACUUCCUUUUGUGUCAGUUGUUCGAGAAAAAACAUUUUAUUUGCAAGAUCUUUUAUGCUCAUCUGGAUACAGAGUGGAGGGGUUUUUUGGCGGCUAUUCACCUCCGGGUGGAUUUGAUUCUAUUAAUCUGGCGGUUUGUACUAUUGAAAAAGCUAAUUCAAUAGUUAAUCGACUACUAGAACUAGGAAAACUAGCGAGUAUUGGUUGUAUUAUAAUUGAUGAAAUACAUCUUAUAUCAGAUCCAGGAAGAGGUUAUAUUCUGGAGUUGUUACUUGCAAAGAUCUUAUAUAUGUCGAUGAAGUUAAAUAUUACAAUACAAAUUGUUACAAUGUCAGCCACGUUACCCAAUUGCGAAAUUUUGAAAGAUUGGUUGAAUGCGGAAUUAUAUGUAACAAAUUUUAGACCUGUAGAGUUAAGAGAAAUGAUAAAGGUUGAUACAAAAAUUUAUGACAAUAAACUGGAAUUAAUUAGGGUUAUUGAUCAUGCAUCUUUAUCAAUUCCCGAAAUACCAAAUGAUCAAGAUGGAAUUGCUUUUUUAUGUUUGGAAACUUUAUUAGAGGGUUGUUCAGUCAUCAUAUUUUGUCCAUCUAAGGAUUGGUGUGAAAAUUUAUCGAAAAAUUUGUCUAAAACAAUAAAGGAAAUAUACAAUUCAAAUACCGAACUUGGAUUAAACCUACAAAAAGUUAUAGUCAAAAAUAAUUUAGUAAAAGUUAAUGAGCAACUAAAAUCUUUACAUUACGGCUGUGAUAAGUUUUUAGAAAUGACGUGUGAAUACGGUUGUGCAUUUCACCAUGCUGGUUUAACUACAGAAGAACGUGAUGUUGUUGAAACCAAUUUUAAAAAUGGUUUUUUAAAAAUAAUAGUUGCAACAAGUACCCUUAGCUCAGGUGUUAAUUUACCAGCAAGAAGAGUAAUCAUAAGAUCUCCUUUAUUUGCUGGAAAACUAAUGGAUCGCUUAACUUAUAAACAAAUGAUUGGAAGAGCAGGACGGACGGGGAAAGAUACUUUGGGAGAGUCGAUUUUGAUUUGCAACGAAAACAAUUUUAAAUUUGGGAAAGAACUUUUACAGCCCCAUUUAAGACCAAUAUCGUCAUGUUUAGGUUACGAUAGUGGCUUGCAUUUAAAAAGAGCUAUCUUGGAAGUUAUAUCAUCAGGCACUGCAAAAACUCCUUCAGAUCUACAAGCAUUUUUAAAUUGUAUGUUAUUUAACGUUACAAAACAAGAAGAGUCUUUAGAUGGUGACUGCGGAAAAGCAAAACAAAAUUUUGAUUAUCUUCAAGAUUCUAUCCAAUUCUUGACCGAAUUUGAAUUUAUACGCACACAAAAUGAGUCUGGGACGGAGAAUAUUUAUUUUGUACCUAGUCGUUUGGGAAUGGCUUGUUUAGUUUCUUCUCUCCCACCCACUGACGGAAUCAUACUUUUUUCCGAAUUACAAAGAUCAAGAAAGUGUUUUGUUUUAGAAUCUGAGUUGCAUGCCGUUUACUUGGUAACUCCAUAUUCCGUAUGUUAUCAAUUACAAAGUAUAGAUUGGUUGCAUUAUUUGGAUAUAUGGGAGCAACUGCCUCAAGGAAUGAAAAAAGUUGCUGAAAUUGUUGGAGUAAAAGAAUCCUUUUUGGUGCGAGCUAUGCGGAAUCAAAACAAACUUGACCUUAAGCUACUUCAAAUUCACAAAAGAUUUUAUAUAGCCUUAGCGUUACAAGAACUUGUCAAUGAAGUUCCGAUUGGUUGUGUAGCCAAUAAAUAUAAAUGUAAUCGCGGCUUGUUACAAAGCCUACAACAAAUGUCGUCGACUUUUGCAAGUAUUGUGACAUCAUUUUGUAAUGCACUAAAUUGGAAAAUUCUGGGUUUAAUUGUAUCUCAGUUCAAGGAACGGCUUUAUUUUGGGGUUCAUCGUGAUUUAAUUGAUUUAAUGAAAUUACCAGAUUUGAAUGGCCACAAAGCACGCGCUCUUUUUAAUGCUGGUAUUGAAACUUUAAUAGAUUUGGCCAAUUCUAAUAGUUUGGUAAUUGAAAAAAUUCUUCAUGAUUGUUUGAGUUUUGAAUCAAGCAAAAGACAAGACGGUGAGAAUGAAAAUGAAGCGCAAAAACGAAUCUACGAACGAAAAGUUUUUGUCACUGGUAAAACAAAUUUAACUAUUAAGGACGCUGCUGAAUUGCUCAUAAAAAGUGCAAGAAAAUUUUUACAAUAUGAAAUAGGAGUUGCCUGUAAUUGGGACAAUAUUGGAAAUUUCGAUGGAUCUACAAACAAAGAAAUAAUUAAAGUUAAUAAAAAUUUUGAAAAUGAAAUUGAAAACGACAUUUCAGAAGCAAUUUCAGAAAAUUUGUCCCCCAAGUGUAUGAAUUCAGACUUAAAAAAUAAACCAGGAACAAGAAAUUUAAAGGAAAAUGAGAAUAUGCUUCAAAUCUUAAGUACUACAUUAGUUAGCCCAAAAAAUUUGAUUAGAGAGAAUAUACUUCCUCAAGUCAAAUCAAGAAAUCUGGGCUUGAUCGACAUUUCUAAAUCUCUCACUCAGAAAAAUGUUGUAAACAAAUCGUCUGAUGAAAUUUCUGAUAUUUCAAAUGUAUCAAUCAUAAGAGAUCCAAAUUUACUAAACAAUUUACAAAAUGGGGAAGUCAAAGAACACGCGAAGUAUAAAGAAGUAAUUUCUAUUAUUGAUUUGCCACAUGAUGUAAAUUCACAAAAAGAUUAUUUACAAAAAAUUUUCGAAUCUAAGAAAAUUGGGUUUUCGAUAGGAAUAGAAAAACUUCCGACUAGGAAAAAUGAUAACGUAAUUAUUGGUGCUAAUAUUUUAAUUAACAACACAGAAAAGCAUGCAGCGGAAGUCAAAGAAAUAUUUACAAUUGAAGGCAAAUAUUUUAUUUCAGGAAUAUCAAUAUCCUAUGAAAAUUGUAGCGCAUUGUUUAUUAAUUUUCAAAAUGAAAAAAAUGUAAACAGCGACAAGUUUCAAAGCAAACUAAAUUUCUUAAAGGAACUAAUAUGUAGGGAAGAUAUUACUUUAAGAAUAUAUGAUUCGAAAGAGCAUAUUAAGAUUUUAUAUAAAUAUAUAUUAAAAGAUUUUAAAUCAUUUAAUAUAAUUGAAGAUCCCAAAAUUGCAAAUUGGUUACUGGAUCCUGAUGGAGACACGAGUAUACAUAAAUUGAUAUCAGAAUAUUUGCCGCAAUAUCUACCUUUUUUAGAAGAUACCGUAAAUUAUAAAGGAUAUUUGAGUUUGGGAUUAAAUUAUAAUUUGAAAAUAUCGGGAAAAGAACGUUCUAGUUAUGAGGCUUCUUUCACUAGAAGUAUUUUGGAAGUACAACUGAAAAACUUACAAACUUUUGCUGAUGGCCAAAUGAUGAAAUUUUUUUAUGAAUUAGAAAUGCCUAUUCAAAGAGUUUUAGCUUGCAGUGAAGUGAUUGGAUUCUCGAUAAAUUUUAGCAGAAUUCAACAGCUUACUAAUCAACUUUUUAGUACAAUGAAAAAUUUGGAAAAUAAAAUUUAUCUUUUACAUGGAUCUAGGUUUAAUUUAGGAUCUAGCUUAACUGUUGCAAAAGUUCUAGGUCUUCAUAAGAAAAUUAACGGAAAAUGUAGUACUUCUAAACAAAUUUUAGAGAAAAUGGAUUCCCCUCUGUCUAAUCUGAUUUUAAAUUAUAGAAAAGUUUCAACAAUUCUUACAAAAAAUAUUCAGCCAUUACAAAGAGUUAUUCAAAAUAACCGAAUUUAUGGAAGCAGUAUAACGACUUCAAGUACAGGAAGAAUUUCUAUGCGUGAACCUAAUGUACAAAAUAUUGCAAAGGAUUUUGAAAUUACACUUGAUGGUAAUAUGAAUGCUAUGAACUUAUACAAUAAAUUAAUUAAAUUUUUAUUUAUAUCAGAUAAAAUUAUAAAAAUUUCAUGCCGCUCAGUUUUCUUGUGCCAACCCGGUCGUGUUUUGUUAUCUGCAGAUUUUUGUCAGCUCGAGAUGAGAAUUUUAGCUCACUUAUGCCAAGAUGAAUGUUUGAAAAGUGCAAUCAAUUCCGGUCAGGAUAUUUUUACAAUUAUCGCCGCGAAAUGGAAUUCAGUAGAAGAAAAAACAAUUUCUGAUCAACUGCGCAAUGGAACAAAGCAAAUUUGUUAUGGUAUUGUUUACGGAUUAGGUAUCAAGGCUCUUUCAGAAAAUUUGAAAUGCACUGAGGAGGAAGCUUCCACAAUGUUGGAACAAUUUCAUACAACAUUUCCAGGCAUAAGAGCGUACAUUAACAAAGUCAUAAAAUUUGCUAGACAAUGUGGUUACAUAGAAACAAUAACGGGGCGAAGAAGAUAUUUAAAAAAUAUCAACAGUAAUGAGAACAUGCUAAAAAGUCAAGCUGAAAGGCAGUCAAUUAAUUCAACAAUACAAGGAUCAGCUGCUGAUAUUGCCAAAAGUGCCAUGCUAAGAAUGGAGAAAAAUAUCAUAAAAUAUAAAUCUAAGCUAGGUGUAAACCUUUCGGAUAACGUACAAAGCCAUGUAGAUUUGGUCUUGCACCUACAUGAUGAACUGAUUUAUGAAGUGCCAGAAGAGAAAGUACGCAAUGUAGCAAAAGUUCUCAAAGCUACUAUGGAAAAUUGUGUAAAACUAAGCGUACCACUAAAAGUUAAAAUAAAAGCUGGACCUUCAUGGGGCGAAAUGUCUGAUUUAAAUUUUUAAAAUAAGUAAAUCAAACGAUAAAUUUCAU